UAAAGAGUCAACUGCAUGGUUGGCAAGGACAUUUCCACUUGCUUUCAAUCUUUCAUGGUCAAAUUUCCAUGGAACUUUUUUCUAAAUCUGGUUUUCUAAAUUCAAUGAUUUGAACCAAGAAUGGUGUUUUAUUGCCGAUGUUUCUCGUUCGAUGAUGACAGUAGGAAGAUCGCAAAUGAAUCAAGAACUCUAACAAAACCGAGGUCGUCAGUAUCCUCAAACUUGGCCGGAAAACCAAACAGUUUGAGGGUUUUCACAGUCGCGGAGCUCAAGGUCGCAACUAAUAAUUUUCGCAGUUCUUGGAAGAUUGGAAACGGUAGAUAUGGAAGUGUAUAUAAGGGCAUGGUCAAGAGUUUGGAACACCCUUUUGAUAAGAUCGAGGUCAUUGUAAAGCACCUCAAAGGAGUAACGAAGGAUCACAAAGAUUGGUUAUCUGAGGUUCAUUUUCUUGGGGUGUGUGACCAUCCAAACCUUGUAAAACUAGUUGGUUAUUGUGCUGAAGAAAAUGAAAGAAAAAGUAUGCAACUGCUUUUAGUCUACAAAUACAUGUCUAACCGAAGCGUGAGGGACCAUUUAUCUACAAAAUCUGACACACCUCUCUCAUGGGACAUGAGACUGAAAGUAGCUCAAGAUGCUGCAUGUGGCUUGGCAUAUCUACAUGAAGGAAUGGACAUUCAGAUUCUUUUCAGGUAUUUCAAUUCUUCCAAGCUCCAUCUAGAUGAUCAAUGGAAUGCUAAGCUUUCGGAUCUUGGGGUGGCUAUGGUAGGUUCUCAAAGAGGAGACAUUGAUGACCAUGACCUCAUAGAAACAAUGGCAUAUGUGGCUCCAGAGUACAUCCAUACAGGGCAUAUGUCAUCCAAGAGCGACGUAUGGAGUUACGGGGUCUUUCUAUAUGAACUUAUCACGGGUAGGCAACCAUUCGAUAGGAAUCAACCUAAAAACGAGCAGAAGCUUCUAGAAUGGGUGCUACCCUACGUACAAUCCAAAAAUCUCCAGCCUAUCAUUGAUCCAAGACUUGAAGGUAUAUAUUCACUCAAGUCAGCACAGGCGUUAGUCACUAUAGCUGAACUUUGCUUAAAAAAGAACCCGAUGUCAAGGCUAAAGAUGAGUGAGGUCCUAGAACUGGUUAUUGGAGUCACUGGGGUUCCAUCACAAUUAACUAGUUCUGCACCAGCUCCCAGUAUAGAGCCUGUUAAUGUAGUCGUUGGGGUACCAUUAAAAGUAACCAAUCCUGCAUCAACUUCCAAGAGUAUAGUCCCAGUGACACGGCUUUCAAAGCUCUUGAAAUCUUGGUUUAGAAAGGUUUGUUCUUGUGUACGCGUGACAAUUAGCAAAUGACAUUAAUGCCGCCAUCAACCAAAUAAGCACUUGCUUUCUGUCUCUUGGAGCAGUGAAGGCGGUGAGAGGUAAAUAGACAUUUCAUAAACACAUAUUUAUGUGUUUGCAUCUUUGACAUAAGUGAACAGAACGUGUAUAGCCCUUGUGCAUUACAAUUGUUAUCGUUUAAAUAUUCAUCAUUGGUCUAUUUGAGUUAUACAUUGAUCUUGAUGUUCCAUAUUCAUUUGUAUGUUACUCCGGAAAUACGCUGUCAAGUUUGAAGUG